AUUCUACAUCCAAAACACGAUUGUGGAGUUGGUUAUAAACGUACGUAAUCCAGUGUACGUGAAAAUGGUGAACUUUGUGAUACCUUUGAUGAAAGAUGAGCUUUUGACAUCUCAUGCCGACCAAUAUUUUGUCAAGGAGGUCAUCCCUCCACGAAUGUUAUCACAGUUUCUCGACGGUACACGCGCAGCAUUGCAGGAAAAAGGUCCAUAUUUUAUUCUGGACCACUUUGACACAUUCUUCUCCGUCGUCAUUCAUGGCAAUAAAAUAGAGCUUGAAGUCUGCAUACGUUCUUUUAACAGAAUUCACAAGGCUUUGGAAAUAGUUGUGGAUAACCUGGAGCAAAUAUUUGAUCAUGGAAAUGACAUUGAUGAGGAAGAGAGAGAAACAUAUUUGUGCAUCAACAAAAUGCUGGCAUAUUUAUUCUCAUGGUUUGUCUGUCACAUAAAUGACCAAAUUACGCAAGAUUCCAGCGAGAGUAAUACUGGAAAGAAAAAGAAAACUGCUAUGACAAGUUUCGAGGAAGAAUGGGAACAAAGUAGACCAAAAGCUCUGGAACUUCUGUAUCGAUGGCUGCAAGUACCAUUGUGCAAGAUGUGGCGACCGCCAAUUGUUGAAAAUUUAUUUGUCACGACUUUGGCACAGGUAUGUUACAAGAUAUUAGAAAAGACCAGGGACGCGAAGCAAAAGCACAUCAGACAAACUAUAUUUGAGAUUCUGGGGACUUUAAUAAAGAAAUACAAUCACGGGAUAACAUGCGUUGUAAGGAUUAUUCAGCUGGUGAAGUUAUACGACUCAAUGGCGAUUCCCAUAGCAACCGGUGUGGUUCACAUGACCAUGAAUUGCGGUUGCAAUGGUCUGAUCAAGGAGGUGAUGAAUGAAAUCGGACAGAACGGCGUGGGCGAAGCGGACAACCGCAACAUAUCCAUGUUUCUCGAGCACAUUGCGACCUCGCAACCUAAUCUCAUAAUCCCCAUCCUCGACGAAAUUACGGACUACCUGUCGAAUGACUUCUACAGCAUGAGGAAUUGCGUGAUCGUCGUCCUGGGUGCUGUCGUGCAGAAAGCGUUGACCAGCGAAGAUCUCACGGACGAGCAGAAGGAGAAGCGCGACGAUUGCCUGAACAGCUUAGAGGAGCACAUUUUAGAUUGUCACGCCUACGUGAGGUCGAAGGUGCUGCAGACCUGGCAGCGUUUGUGCUGCGAAGGCGCGGUGCCGUUGGCGAGGUACGAAAGUCUUCUGGCUGCAACCGCGUUACGACUGGAGGACAAGAGCGCGAACGUUCGCCGGCAGGCUCUGCAUUUGCUGCGCACCCUGCUGCAGAGCAAUCCCUUCGCCGGCAAGUUAGACUGUAUCGAGCUUUCUGUUUCGUUGGCGAAAGAGCAAGCGAAACUGCAGGAACUAAAAGCUCAAGUCGCGAGCACCAGUAAGCGCGGUCACGCGCAAAGAUUUGAACUCUGGACUACUUUAUUGCCGGACAUAAGAGCUGCGAUAGAAAAAGUUUUAAAGGAUGACCAAGUGAAGCAUGUAAAUGACAAUGCAGACAUCGUGCAAGACGAAAAUAUCGACCCGGAUCACGUAUUUGAACACGUAAGACAGCUGCUGUUAAGCCGAAAAGUCACCGAGGCGGUGACGUAUCUGUGGAGGAUCUGUAUGAAAUUGGAGAAAGCGCCGAACAUGGAGAAUCUUCCUAUCGAAGCGAAAGAGGAAUGCCUGUUCGCUUUCUUGCUGAAGAUCUUCAUUGAAUCGGAAGACAAUAAGUCGACGGGCAACGAAGAGAACGCGAACGACGCGAAGAAGUCGGAGAAGGAUGAGACGAUCAAGCAGGAAAUAGUCAACAGGAAGCGCAUAGUCAACUAUCUGAAGAAUUGUCUCGUGUUCGCCACUGAACUGCAGAAAGCGAUACCGAUAGCGAAGAAGCUGCUGUUCUCCACGUGCGCCGGUGACGCUGUGGAGUCGUGCACGUUUCUGGGUACGGCCUUCCAGUUCGGGGUGGCCGGAGCGGAUAGCUGCGUGCGCAACGCACUGUUCCAAGUGUUCCACCGCGAUCAGUCGGUGCGCAACAACAUCACCGUGGUGUACAAAGAGAUCUACCUGGAUACCGACGAGAACGACAAGCGGUCGGAACGACAGAUAGCCGUUGCCCGUGCAAAUCGUCUCAUCGACUUGUUGAAGGAACUGCAGCCCGGACAGAGUCCGGCUUUCGCUCAGCUCGUUGCUACGUGGUACGAGGGCGGUGAGCUGGACAACGAGUUGCUGCAGGUAUUGUGGGAGAAAUUUUCCAUGAAGUAUCCGGGUACGUCGCCGAUAGACAGCAGAGCUGCGCUGAUGAUGAUAACGAUGGUAGCUCAAGCGGAAACCAACAUAGCUAUCGACAAUUUAGAUGUAUUAGUGAAGAUAGGACUGGGUGCGCGCGCGAAGGAGGACCUCCUCUUAGCGCGGGACACUUGCAGAAUGUUGCUGAAGAUCAAGCAAGCCAGUAAAGAUAUCGAUAAGGCAGUGUUGAGGUACUCUAACGACCACGACAUGUUCCGGGAGAUUUUGACACUGUUAACGGACAACUUCACCAGCACCAAUGAGAAGGCUUACAUCUCUUUCGCGACGGAUGCGAUCAACGCCAUAUAUCACUUAGCGAAUCAGCCGAACGAGUUGAUAAAGAAAUUAUUGCUAGACAUCAGCAAGAAGGGCCAGAUCACCGAGGAGGAAACGGCUCAGAAGAUCGAAGUGUCGUACACAGUGCUUUCACAACUGCUGUACAUCAUCGGACACGUUGCCAUCAGGGAGAUGGUGUACUUGGACACGUUCGUCUACAAAGAGCUAAAGCGUAGGAACGCGGUGCGAGAGAUGCAGGGCAAGGGCAAGAAGAAGACGAAAGCGAAAGGCAGCAUGGUGACCCCGUCGCCGUUCAACAAAAGCAACAGGUCCGUACUUUCCUCCAGGAGCCGAGAUGUGAACCAGAGCGUCGCACAGGAUGACAAUAUCAGCACAGGAAGUGAAGCUCUGGCAGGAGCUCUGGACGACGCCGAGGCGGAGUUCGUGCAUAACGCGCUCGAGAACGAGAUUCUCAUCGGGGACGGCUUGCUCGCGAGAUUCGUUCCGCUGGUGUUGGAGGUUUGCAAAUAUCCUGAGAAGUACAACAACGAGAAUCUGCAAGCCGCGGGCUCGCUUGCACUCAGCAAGAUGAUGACGGUGAGUUCGGAGUUUUGCGAACAGACCCUGCAGCUGCUGGUGACCAUAUUGGAACGAUCGCCGUAUUCCGGUAUACGAUCGAACAUGCUGAUCGGAUUGAGCGAUCUCGCCAUGAGAUUCCCCAAUCAAGUGGAGCCGUGGUCGAAGCACAUCUACGGCAGGCUCCGAGACACCGACAUGAGCGUGCGUAGAACUUGCGUCCGUAUGCUGUCGAAUCUCAUAAUGAGGGAGAUGAUACGCGUGAAGGGACAAGUUUCGGAACUGGCGCUGUGCAUCAUGGACGAAGACGAACAGAUACGACAGGAGACGAAAGAAUUCUUCAAUCAACUCGCCCUGAAGGGCAACGCUCUUUAUAACGUGGUACCUGACAUAUUGUCGCGAUUGGCGGAUCCCAAGUUGAAUCUCGAGGAGAAACAGUUCCAAGAAACCAUCAGAUACAUUCUCGGUCUCCUGCAAAAAGAGAAGCACGUCGACACUAUAAUCGAGAAGGUCUGCGCCCGGUUCAAAUUGGCCAUCACAGAGAGACAAUGGCGCGAUCUCUCCUACUGCCUCUCACUCCUGCAAUUCAGCGGAAAGAGUAUACGUCGUCUCAUCGAAAAUCUGCCGCUGUUGAAAGACAAGAUUCACUAUAAGCCGGUGUUAACGGCGCUACAAAGUAUUGUUGAGCAAGCGAAGAAGCGAACGGACGCGAAGGCCGUCGGUAUAGAGCUGGAGGAAAAGGUGCAAGAGCUCUUGGAGGGCGACACGAACUCGGAGAUGACGGACGAACGUCUGAUGCCACCCCCGCCCAACACGCCGAAGAUCAGGAAGAGUAUACGGCAAACUAAACGCAAAAGCACGAGUGACGAUGAAGACAGCUCCGACGGCGAAGAGGAUGCGGCGGACAGUGCGGCUGCUGCAAAUUCGAAAACUAGCAAAGAAACGCCAACGAGCAGGAGAAAGACGCCCCGUACAAAAUCACCAGCGAAGGAUGAUGAAGAUAACGAUGACGACGUUUUUUCAGAUACGCCUGUAACGCGCGACAAAAGGAUGCGUUUACGGAAAACAAGCACAUCAGUCAGCGAUAGCAACGGCGUGACGCCACGCCCGAAGCGAAACAAAACCAAUAAAACGCCGCGGAAGCCUUCGGUCAGGACCUCGACUCGACUUUCUAAAGAACGUAAAUAACAUUCAUUUCUAC